UUCUACACAAGUUAUUUUCCCAAGAAAUUUUUUCUGGCCAAAAGAUAAAAGAAUUUUUCAUUCUUCAUUGCAUUUCCUCUCUACAAACUCAUAAAGAAAAACAGAGUCGUGUGACUUCUCUCCGAUCGUUGCGUUCGUCGGAUUCUGGUGUUUCAAGUACCGGUACAGCCAAAAAAGGUACGUCCGUUCUAUCCUGGGAGGAAUAGUUCCAAUAACCUUGGAUACCGUAGAGGGGAACUAAAUUCCUUAAGGAGAAAUAGUAAAUUCUAUUGGCUCGGGCGUUGUUUAUGCAUGUGUCGAUUUCUAUAUAUGACUUGUGUGGCAAGAAACAUACUUUUGUGAAACGUUUUCCAUAACACUAACCGUACCGUGCUAGGCCGUAGACGGCAUGGCCAGGUGAGCGCGUACACUUUCAUGUCACAGCAUUGUUGUAAUGCUGCUGGUUUACCUUGUCUCGGGUUGGAAUAAAAGGCUCUCAUUGCCGGGGAAAAAUGGCACACCUAUUAAAUUGGUCAAACUAUAGUUAUCUUGUAAUUAUCGGUUUACAUUAAUUUAAUUGGUGAAAAGGAAAUACAAAGAAAUUUGAAUUUUCCAGCCACGAAAAUAAAAACAGAACAAGUCAGGAAAAGGAAAGCUCCAAAGUCCGAAGUCUCCAAAACCAAGCUGGAGAAAGCUUCCAAAAACGCCAACAAAGAACAGAGAGAGACGGCAGCAUUACUGCAGAGAGAAGCCGCAUCUCGCCGGUAAGCUCCAAAUCCACAAAACCCGACGGCCGCUCCCGUCCGUACUGAGGCAUCUCGUGCGUACAUUCUCACUACUGCCACCAUCGAUCCUUCUUCUUCCGAUUCGUAGCUCACCGUCGCUUCUGUUCCCCCGUAGCAACGUGUUCCGUCCUUUACCUGCCGUCGUCUAGUUGCUGGGCCGGUGAACAAGAAUCCCUCGCCUGCAAGCGAGCUGGAGGUAGCACCCAGUUUUCGGCAGAUUUACCUGAAACAUCUAGCUUGAUUUUGCACUCCGUUUCGGUUUGUAUUGUCUUCCAUAGUUGCGAGAUCUGCAGCUGAGGGAAUUCUAUCUUUUCAGCUGCCUUUUCCCCGAUUUAGAUGUUGGAUCUCUGCCGGGUUCUUAUUCCGGGCAUCCCUUUGUUCUUCUGAGAGCCAUCGUUGUUGGGUUUUUUGAGAUUUGGAGUUGGGGAAGGUUGUGAAGGGCGGUGGGUUUUUGGAGUUGGGAUCUUAGAGAAUGGUGUUUUGGGAAGGUUAUGUGAGUGAUGAAACGAUGGGGACAUUUGCCCCAAUAGUGGUGUACUGGGUGUACGCUGGGUUCUAUCAGAUUCUGCCGCCGUUGGAUCAGUAUCGAUUGCAUACAAGGAAAGAAGAAGAGAAGAGGAAUCUGGUGCCGUUGGGUAGUGUGGUUAAGGGCGUUGUGAUUCAGCAGCUGGUGCAGAUUGGGGCAGCUCAUUUGCUCUUCUUGUUGACAUCAACUACAGCUGCAUCUGAGAUUGUCAUCCAACCCUCCGUUCCUUUCCAAAUCGUCCAGAUCGUUCUAGCAAUGUUUGUCAUGGACACAUGGCAGUACUUCGUUCAUCGCUACAUGCAUCAGAACAAAUUCCUAUACCGCCAUGUGCAUUCUCAACACCAUCGUUUGGUCGUCCCUCAUGCCAUUGGAGCCCUUUACAACCACCCACUGGAGGGUCUCUUGCUCGACACAGUUGGAGGUGCAAUCUCCUUCCUCGCCUCUGGGAUGACCGCGAGAACCGGGGUGAUCUUCUUCUGCUUCGCCACGGUGAAAACAGUCGACGACCACUGUGGACUCUGGUUGCCUGGCAACAUCUUCCAUCUGUUCUUCGCCAACAACUCUGCCUACCACGACAUCCAUCACCAGCUCCAAGGUACAAAGUACAACUACUCCCAGCCGUUCUUCCCCUUAUGGGACAAGCUCCUGGGGACUCAUAUGCCGUACGUUCUUGUGAAGCGAGCCGAGGGAGGCUAUGAGGCUAAGUUGAUGAAAGACUAGUUCCCAACUUGUGAAAGUUUGUGGUCUUUUACUCAUCUCUCACAGCAAAGUUCAUAAACUUUUGGAUUGAGGUUUUUGCCGGAAUUCAUAGGGAGUUUGAAGAAAUAGAAUUGUUUGUUGAAGUCUGCCUGACCAUUUAUGACAUAUAGGGGCGAGUUGGGUAAUGGUAAAUUUGUUGUGAAGGAUAUUGGCUGAUGUCCUUGCAUUGUGCCAUCAUGUUGUAUAUUAGUGAUUGCUGCUUUCUUUGGCCUUUUGGACUCUGUAAAAUAUGUUGAGUUUGUGGAGCUUGGGAUGUGGAGUUGCUUGGUGUUUCUUGAAUCACAAUCGUUGUGCAUGGUAUCAACACAGGAAUUGAGUUUAACAUUAAUAUAUUACAUGAUAAUGGUAUAAUCUGUCGUGGGAUAUGAGUUUAAAGAAGUCCAUUUUACAAUCGUCGUGCAUGAUAUCAACACAAUCGACAUGUCACACUGUUACUUGUUCAUGUGCUCAACUGUUUCGAAAUACAUGAACCGUUUGUUUUUAUAGUAUCUAUAAUAAAAGUAACUUAGGGUCGUCUGGUUUUGAUGAUAAGUUAAAUCGAUGUAUUUGUCAUCAAUGUAUGUAUAAUAAUAUACAUGCAUAUAAGAAAAUUGGUGUAUUGUAAUUUACAUCGUUUGAUUUCUAUGAUAAUUAUUGUAGUAUUUAAAUAAAUUAUAUAACUUUUUGGGUGAAAUGUCAUUUUUACCCUUUGUUUUUUAUAUAAAAAAGCAACACACAUAAAAAAGGUAGGGACAUAUUUGGAAGGCGAAGAAAACACAACAAUCUCCAUCAAACAAUCUCAACGAAAACUUGAGAUUUAGCUAUCACUCAUUUUGAAUGGUAGUUUGUGUCAAAUCAAGCAAACAAUGCAUGUAUUAUUUGCGCAGAAAAUUCAGAAAAACAAUGCAUCGUGGACAUUGCAUGCAUUGUAACUGUUCCAACCAAACGACGCUUAGUUUCGACCGCCAACUAGUAUAAAUUUGGGACGUCUCAAGUUUCAAUUAUUGAAUAGUGGAAAUUGGAUGGGCAAUGGAUCACAUCUUCAUUUGACCAAUUUUGGCAAAGGUUGUCAAAAGGGGAUGGCUCUUUUCCAUUAGGCAUGCGCAAUGGAUGAUUGCAAAAUUUGCCACUAGCUCAGACUUUAUCAUGUGAUGAUGGACACCAAUUACUACCACAAAGUAAUUAUAAGUUUAAUGAAAAAGGAGCAGUGAAAGUGCCAAAUUAAAGUUUAGGAUUUAACAUUUGCUUUUCCCACUUCUUUUUAGUUACUUGUAACUUAUUUUGUUUCAUUAAUUUAACAUCUUACUAAAAAACUACUUUUUAUUUAAAAGAAAGAAAUUUAGGGUAAUUUUUCUAAAUAGUCAAUAAUUUUACUUUAAUGACCGAUGAGGAUCCUUUUAUCAAUGUUAGAAAUUAACUCAAAUCACCAUAACGGUAGAUUCAAAUCAUGUCACAUGAUUUUUCAGCAAUUGUCUAUUUAGGCAUCACCCAAAAGAUAAAUCUUAAGCAACAUUCAUUAAUUUUGAUUUGUCAUAUGGAAUUUAGAAUGGUGGUACUUCUUUUUUGACCAAAAGGUUGAACUUUUCUUAUUUAUUGGCAUGAUGAAUUGAUGAUGCCAAUGGUCAUAACUCCAAGCCACAAGUAUAACCAAUAAAAUGAUGCUAAUCCAAAAGGAUUGAAGACUAGACAAUGACUCUUCUUUAACCUACAAUUUAUGUAUUUGACAAAGUUUACUACAUGUCUAUAUUUUUUACUAAAGAAUUUAACAUGAGGAAGAGUGGCUACUUCAAUUACGCACUUUAAGUUUCUGCCGAUAAAAUGAAUUUCACUUC